AUGUUCAUUGCAAUGGCAGAUUUCAAGCUUCUUUUGCUUAUACUCAUCCUUCUAUCUCUCUUUGAACUUGAUCUACUUCACUUUCACCAUGACUUCUUCUCUCCUUUUCCGGUCAAGAUCGGUUUACUCCUGAUAUCCAUCUUCUUCUAUGCCUACUCAACCACCCGGUCUAAACCGGUUUACCUAGUGGAUUUCUCAUGUCACCAACCCACGGAUUCUUGCAAAAUCUCAUCCGAAACGUUCUUCAACAUGGCCAAAGGCGCUCAACUCUACACCGAAGAAACAAUCCAAUUCAUGACGAGGAUACUAAACCGGUCCGGUUUAGGAGACGAUACGUACUCCCCACGUUGCAUGUUAACCUCUCCACCAACUCCAUCAAUGUACGAGGCGAGACAUGAAUCCGAAUUAGUCAUCUUCGGAGCUCUUAACUCACUAUUUAAGAAAACCGGAAUCGAACCGAGAGAAGUCGGAAUCUUCAUCGUAAACUGCAGCUUGUUUAACCCUAACCCAUCUCUCUCGUCCAUGAUCGUAAACCGGUACAAGCUUAAAACCGACGUCAAAACUUACAAUCUCUCCGGAAUCUCCGUGGACCUCGCCACAAAUCUACUAAAGGCAAACCCUAAUACCUACGCAGUUAUUGUUAGUACGGAGAACAUGACUCUAAGCAUGUAUCGAGGCAACGACCGGUCAAUGUUAGUCCCUAACUGUCUAUUCCGAGUAGGUGGCGCUGCGGUUAUGCUCUCAAACCGGAGUCAAGACCGAGUCCGGUCUAAGUACGAAUUGACUCAUAUUGUAAGGACUCACAAAGGCUCUAGCGAUAAACACUACACUUGUGCUGAACAAAAAGAAGAUAGUAAAGGUAUCGUUGGAGUCGCACUCUCUAAAGAACUAACGGUUGUUGCUGGUGACACGUUAAAGACGAAUCUAACAGCACUUGGUCCGCUUGUUUUGCCUUUAUCUGAAAAACUCCGGUUUAUCCUCUUUUUGGUAAAGAGUAAGCUUUUCCGGUUAAAGGUUAGUCCAUAUGUUCCGGAUUUUAAACUAUGUUUCAAGCAUUUCUGUAUUCACGCUGGUGGUAGAGCGUUACUUGACGCGGUUGAAAAAGGUCUUGGACUUAGUGAGUUUGAUCUUGAGCCGUCUCGGAUGACUUUGCACCGCUUUGGAAACACUUCAAGCUCGUCGCUGUGGUACGAGCUGGCUUACGUGGAGGCUAAAUGUCGGGUCAAACGAGGAGAUAGGGUUUGGCAGUUGGCGUUUGGGUCGGGUUUUAAAUGUAAUAGUAUUGUGUGGAGAGCAUUGAGAACGAUUCCGGCUAACGAGUCAUUGGUGGGUAACCCGUGGGGUGACUCGGUUCAUAAGUAUCCAGUUCACGUGACCUAAGUUUUAAGUAAUACUACUACGCG